GGAGUCGCCGGGCGUCGGUUGUAGCAGUCUGCGCGCCCGAUCUUCCGGUUCCCGUCUUCGUCCUGAGGCCCGUGCCACCGUCGCCGCCAUGAGAGAGAUCGUGCACCUGCAGGCCGGGCAAUGCGGAAACCAGAUCGGCGCCAAGUUCUGGGAGGUGAUCAGCGACGAGCACGGCAUUGACCCGACCGGCACGUACCAUGGAGACAGCGAUUUGCAGCUGGAGCGGAUCAACGUGUAUUAUAAUGAGGCCACCGGUGGCAAGUACGUGCCCCGGGCCGUGCUGGUGGACUUGGAGCCGGGCACCAUGGACUCGGUGCGCUCCGGGCCUUUUGGGCAGAUCUUCCGCCCCGACAACUUCGUCUUCGGCCAGAGCGGUGCUGGGAACAAUUGGGCCAAGGGGCACUACACGGAAGGCGCUGAGCUGGUGGACUCGGUGCUGGACGUCGUGAGGAAGGAGGCUGAGAGUUGCGACUGCCUGCAGGGCUUCCAGCUCACCCACUCCCUGGGCGGGGGGACAGGGUCUGGGAUGGGUACCCUCCUUAUCAGCAAGAUCCGGGAAGAGUACCCCGACAGGAUCAUGAACACAUUCAGCGUGGUACCCUCACCUAAGGUGUCAGACACGGUGGUAGAGCCCUACAAUGCCACCCUCUCGGUCCACCAGCUUGUGGAGAACACCGACGAGACCUACUGCAUCGAUAACGAGGCCCUGUACGACAUCUGCUUCCGAACCCUUAAGCUGACCACACCCACCUACGGUGACCUCAACCACCUGGUGUCUGCCACCAUGAGUGGGGUCACCACGUGCCUGCGCUUCCCGGGCCAGCUCAACGCUGACCUCCGGAAGCUGGCAGUGAACAUGGUGCCCUUCCCCCGCCUUCAUUUCUUCAUGCCCGGCUUCGCCCCACUGACCAGCCGGGGCAGCCAGCAGUACCGGGCCCUGACCGUGCCCGAGCUCACCCAGCAGAUGUUUGACGCCAAGAACAUGAUGGCAGCCUGCGAUCCACGCCACGGCCGCUACCUGACAGUGGCUGCCGUGUUCAGGGGCCGCAUGUCUAUGAAGGAGGUGGACGAGCAGAUGCUGAAUGUGCAGAAUAAGAACAGCAGCUACUUCGUCGAGUGGAUCCCCAACAACGUGAAGACGGCCGUGUGCGACAUCCCGCCCCGGGGGCUCAAGAUGUCGGCCACCUUCAUCGGCAACAGCACGGCCAUCCAGGAGCUGUUCAAGCGCAUCUCGGAGCAGUUCACCGCCAUGUUCCGACGCAAGGCCUUCCUGCACUGGUACACAGGCGAGGGCAUGGACGAGAUGGAGUUCACUGAGGCCGAGAGCAACAUGAACGACCUGGUGUCCGAGUACCAGCAGUACCAGGACGCCACAGCCGAGGAGGAGGGCGAGUUCGAGGAGGAGGCGGAGGAGGAGGUGGCCUAGGCCAUGUGCGAGUGGAAGCGGAGGCGGUGGGAACUCUUUAUUCGCCCCAGCCUGCUCUGCUCUGAUGCUGGCUCACUGUCGCGCAUCUGCUGCUCUGCCUCACGCUGUACAGGUUUCGCCUCCAUUAAAGCAUUUUCAUAGUG